AUGUUUUCGCGUUUGGUGCAGAUGUGCGUGGUGCUGACGGUGUUCAGUCUGAGUUCUGCUCUCACCUGCCGGUGGAUCCAUCACAAAUUCAAGCAGCACAACAGUGAAUGUCUGACCCUCCUCAAAGACAUGAAAGAGGAUAUCAGCGUCAACACCUCAAUUCCAGAAAACUGGCACCAGUGGUUCUUUAACCACAGCCACUCUCAGCCAGAGAAGCAGGUCUGGUUCAUGGUCCAGACUCUGAAGGAGAUGACCCGGUUAUUAGUGGAGGCUAAAAGCGUCUCCUGGAGCGAGGACAAGCUGGACACCUUUCUAAACAUGCUUCAGCAGCAGACCACGGGACUCCAAUUAUGUGUCAGCCCGACAAUGAAAAGAAGUAAGAGUAAGAGACUCCCCCUGUACUUCAAACGCCUGAGAGAUCUCACACAGAACAAGACGGUGGAGAAGAAGAAAGCCUGGGAGCAAAUCCGAACAGAACUUCUUCAGCUCCUCAAGCUGCUGGACUUUUUCCCUGCAGUUUCAGUACAACAUGCUGCUCGUCAUUCUUAA